AUGCAUUUCGGCGGUCCGCCGGUCUUUUGUUUUGGGCAGUCUCCUGAAACAUGUCCUCUUUCGCUACAGUACUCGCAGUUUACGACAGUAGCGGGGCAGAUUUUUUCUAUAUGUGAAAAACCCUGGCAUUUAUUGCAUCGUGUCACUGCUACCCAGUCUCUCACAUCGCAGGAUGACCAAUUCAGGAAAACUCUUCCCUCUGCCAAUAUUUCAUUUCUUACCGCCGGGGACACUUCCGCCACCCAAUGA